UUUGGGUUCAUCUUCCAGCUAUUAAAUCCUAAACCCUAAAGGAGCCUGUCUUAAUGAUUUUAGUUACAGAUUUACUGUAUUCAUACAGCAGCAGUUUUCCUCUGCCAUCAUACUCUCUGCAGGAAGCUCUGAAACUGUCAUACUGCUGAGCUGCAGGUUGUAACUUGCACAAAUUUGGGAAAUCAUCAGAGUUCUUAAUGUCACCACAUUAGGAUUAAUCAGUAAGUGAAAAAGACAUUAACAGUUAAAACACAGUUUGAUCAUUUUUAACAUUAUUGUGGCAUAACUCAUCAGUCAUGAGCUCUGACAAAUGCAAGUAUGGCACAAAGUACUGUAUGUGCAUGCACACAAAUGAGUUACAUUUCCUUCUGACAAGGCGAAUAGCCAAUCAAGACUCAGUGCGGCACCAGGGGUGUCCAAUCAGAUUUCAAGGGGAGCUAGUGCCAUCCCUGGCUGCUCUUCUCAACAUGUCCCUGUCAUAAGCCAUAAUGUCCAGCAGCAGCCAGUCAUCAACAUUGAAUCAAGCUAGUUUACCGCUAUCAAUAUCAGCUGAAGUGUUAAAAGGCCAAUACUACUUUGUUGCAGCAUCGUAGUCAAGCCACUGAGCUGGUCUCCAAGGCCCUGAGUGGAAUCUGAGUGAAUACAGAAGAAUUUGGGAUGAGUUCAGUCCUAGUUAAGUCCCCUUAACUGGGACUUUGGAGAUUUUAAACUAUUAAUGAAGUUUCAGCGCUGUGUUGUGUGUAAAUGUGCACCGCUUGAUGGGGGCACAGACUCAUUGGUUCUGAUACACUGCCAAUCACUGCAGGUGUCAAAUAAAAUUUUCUUCUCUUUUUCUCCAUCAUGUUGUAAUGUUUUUGUUUGCAUUCACUCUUAAAUCACUGGAAGAUAAAUAAAUAGUUCAUGACAAAUUUUCAAGUUUCUGGGAGGAGCCACUGCAGAUAGAUAGAUGCACAUGCAGGUGAACACAACAUGCCAGCUAUUGCUCCAAACUGGAUCAGGACCUUAUAUGAAAACAAAGCAAAACUGUAAAACAGUCUUCAUAAAUCAGAGUCCUCCACUUAUGUUUGGGUUUAAAUGGAGUCCAUGCUCAAGUCUGAGUUCAGAAAAUCAGGGACUCAAAUCAAACCUUAGUCUAAGUGUCUGGACUUGGGAACUCCAACACUGCUUUAAAGCUGUCAUCAGCUCUUGUCCAUUAAGUGCUAUCAGAGCUACCAAAUAUUCUGAUAUGCCUCUGGAUAUACAUUGUCAAUUAAUACUUUAAAUCUACAUAUAUCGUGAAAAAACGAAAGUGAAACAAACCAGCACAUCACUUACCAGCACUUGAGUUGUGCAAUCUGAGUGUGGUGACAACGAAAAAUAAACUUUAAGAUAAUUUUCUUACAGUCUGUUAGUUACCUUCUCUGAACUGAGGCAGAUAAAUGAGAUUCAUGCUUCAUGAAGAAAACAGUUCUUCCACAUGCUCUUUAGCUCAGCUAGAUGGUGAUGUUUUUACUCACACAUUGAUACAUACACAGAAAUGCUAAUACAGACACAGAGACCACUCUUCCCAUAGAGUUACUGUAAGUCUUCAGAAGUGGUCGUACAGCAAACAUAUCACACUGAACUCUGCACUAAGAACACAGAGGCUCUCUGUCUGCAGCGCAUUGAAAGAUUUGACGCUGGCCUGCACUCUGCCUGCUGUGACCCCACCCCUGGUAAAUACAGGGUUGGAGGUUUCCUCUGAGGAUAAAAAUACACUUGGUCCUCAGCAGAGAGGAAGAAAAAACAGAAUUUUUCUCUCCUCUGUGCCUAUUGUGCCCUGAAUCGAAACUCUUUCAUACUAUUUCAUGUUGUUGGGUUUUGUUGUUUGUUUAACAAUUUUAAAAGUUUCAUGAGAUACUUAAAAGUCUAAUUUUCAGAGUGGUUUGCAUUAAUUGUGAUGAGUGUCUUAUGUGAAACAUCUAUUCAGAAGAAGGAAAUUCAUUUCUAUGGCACUGUGGAGAUCUUUGCUUUCAUUCUUCCUCAAUUCCUCCCCUUACUUUUGUCUUUUGUCCCUCCUCAGCUCCCUUACUGCACUACUUGUUACGUCAUCAUUAUGCUGUGCAAAAGUUCAGUCAAGCUGGCAGAGGCCUACAGCAGAAGCAGGUACGGUAGCAGAUAAACUAACUUGAUACAGGAAGUUUAAUAAGACUCUGCACCUUCAGUUGUGCUGAGGUGGAUCUCAAGAGUGCAUAAAGAACUUCCUGAUUGGAACAACGUGUUUUCUGCUGCCUGAAGUGGCUGGAAAAAGAAACUCUGGGUGACUUCCUUGUUAGAGCUGAACUACGUUGAAUGUUAUGGCGCCUAAAAACUCAUAUCGGUGAGUAAUUGCCUGGAGGUCUUCAUUGUUUUAAUGUCAAAAAUGAGUUUAAAGGUCAGUUUGUUAAUGUUGAAAUGUUCCAAAGAGGGUUAAUCUACUAUGGGGUUAUUUUGGUGGCUUAAUACAAACAAUUCUCCUUUUUCUAACAUGUAGACAAAGUUCAAGAGAUCCCUCAUACUGUGAGUGCAUAUUUCAGUGACAUAAUUUCUGUCUGUUGUUGGUUUUCUCUUUACAGACAUAACAGGGCUCAUGAAGAUCUUCACAUUUCUCUUCUGUAUCUGAAGUGUGUGACGAAAUGAAGAAUAUGCUGGAAAAUCAAAUGCGAUCUAUCUGCACCUGUCACAAACCUGACGUAGACUAGCAAGUAGAACUGUGAUAAUGAGUCACGAGGGAGAAAAGGAGAAUCCAGGGACAGGACUGAGAGACGUCCUUGACAUACUGGUUAAAGCACCUUCAGAGCGUCUGCUGAGCCUGACAUUCCAGCUGGGUGAGUCUCCUGAAGAUAGAAUCAUACACGCCUUAUGUCUGAUCAUUCUCCAAAGAGAGGCACAGGCCCUGGAAAACCUCCAGGCUCUAAAGGAAAACCACCUCGCUAGCCAUCUGGCGGAAAAAUGGCGGCUGAGUGGAGGCAAAUUAGAAGAAUUCAGUGUCCAUUGUGGUCAUAUGGGAGAAUCUUCAGCAGCGUUGGCUCGUAUUUUUAAAGUUUUGUCACAACAAAAGUUGUGUGAUCAUCAACUGAGAAAUCUGGCUUAUAAGAGGGCAGUUUCAAGUGAUGACCAACAAACCAGCAACGGUGGGGAUCUGGAGUAUUUUCAGCUCAGGGAGGAAGCUAAAGAGGUUUGUGGGCCGGAGUUUGCAGAGUGGAUGUGCUCCAGCGUGGAUUCCAGGUCGGGGUCUUACAGUGAUCCUCUUAAAAGUCAAAGUGAAGGAAGCACAGCUUUAAAAGUGAGUUUGACUCCAGAUCAGUCAGUAAGGAGGCAAAAUCUGCCCAGCCCACUGCAGGCUAGUUGUUCAAUGCCCUCAUACCCCACUCAUUUAGAGAUCAGUAUGCCUGCAACGGUCCCAUUUCAAGAUGACAAAAGGACUUUAGAAACAUCACAGCAAUCAAAAAUUAGCACCCCAUCCCUGCUUGCUGGUAAAUCUGUAAGUGUUCCUCAGAUUCCCGAGGGGCUUGUAUCUGUUAAUCCUUCUUUAUUUGGAGGAAAGGAAAAGUCAAUGAGGUGUGAAACGCCUACAGAGAGCAGGAAGUUGGACAGUCUUAUCCAACCCACUCAAAACCAAACCAUCAAACCAACCACAGAACCCAAACCUGCUGCAACAAACAUUUUCCUCCCCAGCAUGCCGACCGUGAAUGAAAUGAAAAGAAGUGAUAGUGUAGAUGAGGAGGACGAAGAAACAUUUUAUGCAUUUGUUAUCUUGCAUGCACCAGAGGACUUAGAAAUGGCCGAGAGCAUAAGGGAAAAACUGGAACAAGUCACUGGUUGUGAUGGAGCAAUUUUCUCUGACGAGUUUGCCAUCCCUGGAAGGAGCACUCUGCGCUGUGUGGAGGAUGCUAUCAACAACUCAGCCUUUACCCUUUUGCUGCUCACUCGCAACUUUAACACUCCUAUGCAGGAGGUUGAGGCAGACUCAGCCCUGAUUAACUCCAUCAACAGGAAACACAAAUACAACACAGUAAUCCCUCUUCUGCCAAGUGAGAACCGCAUGCCGAGAGAGGACAUCCCUUUAGUUCUUCGGACAAAAAAUUUCCUAGAGGAGAAUAAAAACUUUGAGAGAAAAGUAUCAAGGGCGAUGACCCCAACAGUGAUUAAAAAACAGAGGAAGAUAUGGACAGAGGAGCAAACACUGAAGAUGCAGAAGAAGAGACAGGAGAGGCUAAAGCAAACAAAUAUGCACCAAAAACAGCUGCUCAAAGAAAGUAAAGUAACAGAGAUGCUGGAAAAGGAGAACCUUAACCUGCUACUGGCACAAAAACUUCUUACUGGCCCCGGACUGCAUCUGGAGCAGGAUGGAGGUGACGUUAGGGCUGUGUGGCCACAACAGUCAAAUAUUCAUAUUGAAAAUGCAAACUACGUUAUGAUUGGGAAUGACUCUCGAAUGACUGUGGGUAUGCCUAUAGGUGCGGACCAGGAUGAUUCCAUUUACAGGGGAGAGGAAGAGGAGGAGGAGGAAUAAGUAUUGGCAAUUGUCUUGUAGAAAAUUAAGGACAAUUGUAUUUUAUUAACACUAACAUGUAGAUGGUGUCAUUUUGUUCAAACCAAAACAAAACUUGAUGAGGCAGUCAAAAAAGGCCAUAUUAGCGACAUUUUAAUGAUUUGAAGUCAUUUGAGAGUCGACCAAGCAGAACUUAGACCUAUCACAUAUGAAUAUUCAGCAUAGGACUGCCACCUAUUGACCAAGUCGUGAAACACACUUACUUCUCAAAUCAUUUGUAGUAGCUUAUUUUCAACAAUAGGGGGCACUGCAGUUAAACUUUUUCUCAUUCCUUGUAGAGGAAUUUAAGUGCACACAAAGCAGAAGCACUAUUUUAACUUGUUUGGUGGGAGAACAACUUUAUCUUUUCAAGAACUAUUUCAUGUAUUUGUAGCUUUUUAGUUUUUGUCUUUAGAGGUCCUUGAUGACUGUUUUAGAUAAGGUGCUAUAUCAAUUUAUUUUCAUUCAUAUGUAUUUUAUAAUCCACAAUCCACAUGGUAAGUCAUUUUUAAACCAAUGCCUUAGACCAGAACCAAUAUAUGGAUGGUUUCUUCUGCAAUGUUACAGUGUUACAAUGUCAUUUAGCAGACACUUUUAUCUAAAGUGACGUACAUUCAAGAGCAAGAACAACACAAGCAAAGAUCUAGACAAGAAGAAACAUGAUCAGAAAGAGCCAUAAAGUGCUUCAAGUCCACUUGGAUGAAAAGACAAUGCACAAAGUGUAUGAAAGUUUUUUUGUUUGUUUUUGAUGAACAUCAUCAUCGAUUAAAUUGUCUUCACCACUGUAAUGACAAAAGUACCAAGUGCUGGGUCACUCAGAAAGAGCUGGGCACAAAAUACCAGAUACCAUCUACUGCUCCAUUGCAGAUAAGUCUGUCCAAACGUAUGACAAAACCAAAAUGGAAAAUAGUUUUUAUCGAGGGAUCCCCUUCUUUCACACAUUUUUACACAAGUUAAGAGCAGCACCUGAGUAAAUUGUUCUCAAAAUUAUUUCCCAGGAAGUCGAUUUUUAAUUAUUGGAUUUUCAAACGCAUUUUUUUUUAUUUUUGAAAUUUCAAAUGAACCAGAUUCUGGCAAAUCACACAGACUUUUCAGGCAAAUAAAGAAUUAUGUGAAACAAAA